AUGCAUGAUACUGAGAAUGCAAAUGAAUGGAUUAAAUGGAUUGAGGAAGCUAUUGAUAAAGAACUCUUAAAUUAUUUCGAAUACAACCAAUUUAGCGACUUUCAAGAAAUUGGUACCGGAGGUUUCGGAAGUGUACCUCUUAAUAAUGUUACUGUUAAAGAAAUUGUUCGUGAGUUGAAAAUUCAACGUAAAGUUGAUUUUCAUGAUAAUAUCAUUCGUUGCUAUGGAAUAACAAAAUAUGAGCUAGAUAAUGAGAAUAAACACUUACAAAAUUAUUGGUUAGUAAUGGAGUAUGCUGAUAGUGGUAGCCUCCGAAACUAUUUUGAAAAAAACUUUGAUAAUCUCACUUGGAACGAUAAAUUCAAUAUGGCAUACCAGUUAGCUAGCGCUGUAUCAUGCUUACAUAACGAGGGGAUUGUUCAUCGUGAUUUGCAUUCCAAUAAUAUAUUAGUCCAUCAAAAUAUAAUCAAAUUAGCAGAUUUCGGACUAUCAAAAAGGAUUGGAGCAUCAUCCAAUUUUCAAUCUAAAUUAUUUGGAAUGGUUCCUUAUGUUGACCCAAAAAGCUUUAACACUCGAAGAAAUAGUUAUAACCAAAAAAUACCAAUGUAUUCAUUAAAUAAAAAAAGUGAUAUUUACAGUAUUGGCGUAUUAUUAUGGGAGAUGUCUAGUGGUCGACCUCCUUUCUGUACUGAAGGUGAAUAUGAUGUUGGCUUGGCUUUGGAAAUUUGUCAAGGCCUUAGAGAAACUAUUGUUCCUGAUACACCUGAAAAUUAUGUAAAAAUUUAUACUAAAUGUUGGGAUAGUGAACCAGAUAAUCGUCCUAACAUAUUUCAAGUAGUUGAUUGGUUGAGAGCGAUCGUUACAAACAUUGAUGUAAUAAUAGAAGAAAUAGAAGAUCAACAAUUAUUUGGCAAUCAAGAACUUAACGAGGCUCCUAUAAGUAAUAAUAAUUCAGGUCCACAUGGAGAAUUAUCUCAACUUAUGCAAAAUUUUGGCAACAUGAAUUCAAAAGAAAUUAAUACUAUAGAAGUACCAUCAUUUGAAGAAGUUUAUAAUGAAAUAAUUACUGAAAUUAAUGAUUUUAUUUUUAAAUUAUUAAAUAGAGGGAUUGUAUCAAAAUUGGUAAGACAGAAAACUAUUAGCUUUUUUAAUAAUCAUAAUAUCAAUUCACAAGAAAUUUAUAAUUGGUUAUUAACGUUAAAUGAUAAUCAAAAUAAUUCAAAUUCUAUUUUUUUAUUUGGAUUUUUUAACUAUCUUGGUAUUGAAACAAAUGAAAAUCAUGAAAAAGCAUUUUAUUUAUUUAUUGAUGCAUCAGAAAAAGAUCAAAUUUUAGCUCAAUAUUAUGUUGGUAUUUGUUAUUUAUAUGGGCGUGGAAUUUCAAAAAAUGAAAAAUUAGCUUUUGAAUAUUUUGAAAAAGUAGCAAAUAAAAAUUAUACUGCAGGACAAAUAUUUCUUGGUUGUUGUUAUGAAGAUGGAAUAGGUAUUAAAAAAGAUUUAAAAAUGGCUUUUUAUUGGUAUGAAAAAGCCGCAAAUAAUGAAAAUAUAAUAGCUAUAUAUAAUUUAGGUAUUUGUUAUAAAGAUGGAGUAGGUGUCGAAAAAGAUUAUAAUAAAUCUUUCAAAUUGUUCAAGGAAUCAGCUGAAGGAGGAGAUUUAGAUGGAAUGACAAUGUUAGGAUAUUGUUAUAUUUGUGGAAUUGGAACUAACAUUAAUAAUCAAAAAGCAUUCGAAUUAUUUCAACGAUCAGCAAAUUUAGGAAAUAUUGUAGCGUCAUAUAAUCUUGGUAUUAUGUAUGAAUAUGGAAGAAGAAUUACAAAAGAUAUAGAUAAAGCAGUUUAUUGGUAUGAAAAAUCUGCAAAUCAAGGAUAUCAAAAAGCACAAUAUAGAUUGAAAGUACUUCAGAAAAAUCAAUAA